AUGAGGCUGUUGAAUAUUUUAGCCACUAGUGCAACAGCUUUUGCAGCAUUAUACCCUAGGGUUUACUAUGCUAAUAGCUCUCUUCCUUCUGCAACGCAUGGCUCGUUUUGGGAUCUCACCACAGUUACUGUGAAAACUACCAACUCUAUUGGCUCUGCUACAACGUAUACCUCUGAGGCGCUUGUUUCAAUAACCACAUCCAGCUUUGGCAACACAUUUACAGUUUAUACUACAUGGUGUCCCUUAUCGUCGACCCAUGAAGUGGACGCUACCUCUUAUGUGACAACAGAAACCAGCCUAUUCACAUCAAAGUCUCUUUCGACUGAUCAGAGCGGAAUUCCGCAUACGGUUUCAAGCACUGGUACUAAAAUUUAUACUAUUACGAUCUGUCCAUCCUGCACCCGUCAUGGUAUGACUGCUACCACGAAUCCUGACGUAAAGCCCUCCUCGGCAUCAUCGACAAAUCUAAGUCCCACUCCUGUCAGAUCUUCAGUGACACUGGAAAGCUCUGUUUCUGGGGAAAGUAGUGCUGUAACGACUAACACAUUUUCCUCUGCUCUCAAUACCGAAACCUCGGCACAGAAAGCAUCCUCUUUAGUCGCUUCGGGAUUCGCAACUGACUCUUCGUCCGUGAUUUCUCGUUCAACCUCGCUCUCGCAAAUUUCGAGCACGAUCAUCACCGAUUCUGUAAACAGUGUGGGUUCGACCUUUGCAACAACAUUUACUGCAACACCUUCUCUGACUACCGUGACUUCAAACGGUGUCACAAAGGUGUAUACAACUUGGUGUCCUUUGACAUCCAGUGCUUCUGCACUGGGACCAAUAACAAGUAUCAUCGAGACAACCACUGUGAACAGUGCAGGUUCGACAAUCGUGACAAGUUUGACAGCUACGCCGUCAUUAACCACAGCAACCUCAAACGGAGCGACGACAGUUUACACUACUUGGUGUCCAGUGAUUGCUAGUCCUGGGUCUACUACUCAGACACUCAAAACUUUAACGGAAAGCACAGUCAAUAGCGCAAGCUCAAUUGUACUAACCACUUACUUGGCUACACCAUCCUUAACCACAGCAACGUCUAACGGCAUCACCACGGUUUACACUACUUGGUGCCCUUUAAGCAGUACUGACGUCUCUUCCAUCUCGACAACCAGCACCAUCACAUCAAGAACUAUCAAUAGCGCGAGCUCCACGAUUGUCACGACUUUCGAAGCUACACCAUCCUUGACCACCGCAACGUCUAACGGCAUCACCACGGUUUACACUACUUGGUGUCCUUUAAGCAGUAGUGAUGUCUCUUCCAUCUCGACAACCAGCACCAUCACAUCAACAACUACCAAUAGCGCGAGCUCCACGAUUGUGACGACUUUCGAAGCUACACCAUCCUUGACCACUGCAACGUCUAACGGCAUCACCACGGUUUACACUACUUGGUGCCCUUUAGGCAGUACUGAAGUCUCUUCCAUCUCAACAACCAGCACCAUCACAUCAACAACUAUCAAUAGCGCGAGCUCCACGAUUGUCACGACUUUCGAAGCUACACCUUCCUUGACCACAGCCACGUCGAAUGGAAUUGUUACAGUCUACACUACGUGGUGCCCUCUGAGGAGCAAUCUCGCCACCUCAAUUCCAAUGAUCAGCACCAUCACCUCUGCGGCUGUGCAUAGUGGGAGCCUGACAGUUUUUACGACAUAUGUGGCCACUCCAUCUCUGACAACAUUGACCUCCAAUGGGGUAGCCACAGUGUUCACUACUUGGUGUCCGCUAUUGGCAUCAUCGUAUUCACCGACUGCGACUAACGGCCUCACACAGCAAUCCUCUGUGAGCGAAACUACUCUGAAAACUCUCAGUCAAAGCACUGCGAUAACUUCGGGAACGAGCACAAGCAGUAUCAGUCAAAAAUCAUCAGAGACAUUCAGUGGAGGUACGAAAACUAGUGCAGUUGGACGCGGAGGAAGUUCACGGACCCAGAUUUCCGAGACAACUGAAAACAUUUCACAAUUAACGCAAAUUUCCACUGUUAGAUCGAACCACAUCAAUUUGAAGAGUAGUCAAUCACCGAGCGAGUCUCCCAGUCAGGUAUCGUUAACAUCUGGAUCCACUGGCUCUUCGAUUGACCUAACAACGUCGGUGCGAACAGUAGUUUUUACAACUACUACAUGUUCUUCUAACAAAUGCGAAACGAUAACCACUUCAAUCGCUACAAGAUCUACGUUCGACGUUCAUUCUUCGCCAUCCUCAUCCACGGUUCCUGUAGAAGCUACGUCUCUCACGGGCAGCCUUGCACCAAGUACUGGGUCUUCUUCAAAAAUAGCGCUUACAGAAACCAGAACCACGGAAUGCACAGAGUCUUCAUGCCAGCCCCUGUCUUCGAACUUGAUAUUCAGUUCCGGUCCAGAAGUUGGUAGCACAGCUACUGGAACUACGUCAAGCUCGGUAAGAGAAUACUCGCAUUCACAGAGUGAUUCAUCCGCGGCAAAUUCUGUUGUGACAACAGCGACCACUAAAACGGAUCUUGAAAGCAGGUCUUCCCAAGUGUCGUCUACCCUCCAAGUGGUUACACUUACAAGUGGUGGUGUAGUUACCGCAUACACAACGUGGUGUCCGAUUACUACUUCCUCUGCUGUAACAGGAGACGUGACGACAGUGUCAGCGAGCUCAUCUGCUGAUCAGUCGUCAGUCUCCAAUUCAGUCAUCACGAACAGUGCCAGUUCUGCACCCAAACCUAGCACUUCUCCUAAAACAACGAGCACAUUCGAAGUGGGUAGCGGAGCUUCUACAGUCUCGAGUUUUGUGAAAAUGUCGUCCGGAUCUGUCAAUACGCCUUCAAAAUCUGAACCAAGUACCUUGCUCACCACUGCUACCAGUGGCACAAACCAAACCCCAUCUAGUGACUCUAAUAGCGUCGGCAGAACAACUAGUACGCUUGCCGCCAGCGAGCAGUGCGACACUUGCUCCAGUUCGAGCGCCACGACCACAAGUGAAAGUAUUCGUGUUUGCACAACUUGCCUGGGCCAAACCUCAUCCAUAACAUCGUCAUCUGCGUUGAAAACGGAUUUUACUGAAGACUGCACUACCUGUAGUGCUUCAAUCACAUCCACUGUCGUUACAGAGAUAACGAGAACCUGUUUGACUUGCACGCUGCCUUCUUACACUUCAUCCGUUAUAACUGAGACAAGUAAUGGCAUCGUGACUGAAUACACUACAUGGUGUCCUUUAUCAGGUUCAAGCACUAUUGCAGCUCGUUCAGAAUCGCUAACCUCUCAAACUCUCGUGUCAACGGCUUCAGCAGCCUCAUCUUCCAGAGCAAAGACGGUUCUCACUAGCUCCAAAAUCGAAACGUACAGCACAUCCUUAACGACCCUAAUUACGACGGUUUUACCAGUCACCACGACGUCCACCAGCAGUGGCGGACAUCUGGUGACUGUUGUUAGCUCAAGAUCAACAGUAAUACCGACGGUAACGACGCUGCUGGUCACUUCGAGAGUACCCGUCUCGACGUAUGUCACUCCUGUGGCAGUGUCAUCAAAUACAAAACUCAAUGUCGGCUCGGUCACCACAGCAAAUUCCGUUUCCUCGACGUGGAUUACCACACCCGUAAUCUCGACGUAUCAAGGAGAAGCUUUCAAAGCCAAUGGUAAGUUAAAUGAAUAUUUGCAUGCGAUGUCAGUGAUACUAAUGAUGCUGCUGGUGUAG